AUGAAUUCGCAGAACUUUCUUAAUGAAUUCACUAGAAUGAUGCAACAAUUGGAGACAUAUUGGAAAGAAAUAGGAUUAGAUAAUCUUUCGACAAACAGGAAAAUUGAUAUCUCUACAAGUGAUUCAGAAAUGAUUGCGAAUUUAGCAAUCUACUCUUACACCACCGUCCCUAAUAUUCUCAAAGAACCAUCUAUCACAAUCUAUCUAAGAAAUACCACACAGUACAUGACACAAUAA